AGCUACUACGAGUCAGCCAAACCUUAAACCCUCAUUAUCUUUCUGAGCUCGCCCAAUCAUCUAAAGCCAACCCAGUGCCCUGUUCUCUCUUGGUUAUUGCCUCUCGUCGACUUCAAUUCACCAAACAGUCAAACAUCAGACGGAAAGAUGUCAGAACCCGCAUACAAAGCCAUCUCUGCUGCCAAGAAGCAGUCACUCAUUGACGCGAUCCCCGCCGAAUGGCGUGUUCCUAUCCCUGAGGACCAGGACAACCUGACCAAGUUUGCCGAGACCGCUGGAGUUCUUACGCCGAAGGAAGUCGAGAUCACGAGCAACUACGAUGCCGUUGGACUGCUGGAUAAGGUCCAUGCCGGGGAGUACACCGCUCUGGAAGUGACGAUCGCGUUCUGCAAGCGUGCUGCUCUGGCUCAUCUGGCUAUCAACUGCUGCACUGAGAUCUUUUUCGAGCGUGCUUACGAGGUUGCCAAAAAACAGGACGCUUAUUUCGCCGAGCACGGAAAGCCCGUUGGACCCCUUCAUGGCCUUCCCGUUUCGAUCAAGGACUCCUAUAACCUCAAGGGUAUCGACUCUGCGAUCGGAAUGGCCGCCUGGGUGGGAAAGCCUGAACCCGAGUCAUCCGCGAUUGUUGAGGCUCUGGAAGCAGCCGGUGCCAUCAUGUACGUCAAGACCACCGUUCCCCAGAGUAUGAUGGUUCUUGAUACCGAGAACAAUCUGACUGGUGCAUGCCGCAACCCUUACUCAAAGUACAUUACUGCCGCCGGAUCAUCGGGUGGUGCUGGUGCCAUUGUCGCAUUCCGUGGAUCGCUGAUCGGUAUGGCCACUGACAUCGGUGGCUCUAUCCGCGUGCCUGCCUACGCCAACGGUUGUUUCGGGAUCAAGCCGUCUUCCGGCCGGAAUCCGUACCACAACAUCAAGGGAUACUGGCCCGACGGUGAGGACGUUACUGGUGUCCUCUGUGUCGAUGGCCCGAUUACAACUAGUGCGCGUGAUCUUGAGCUCAUUUUGAAGUCAAUUGCUAUUCAAGAGCCUUGGCUUGUUGACCCUUCGUGCGCUCGUCUUCCGUGGGUUGACCCCGAGCCGCUUGAUCGCCCUCUGAGAAUUGGUGUCAUCAACAGUGUCAAGACAUACGAGCCCAUCACCUCAAUCUUCAAGGACUUUCAGAGCAAGGUUGCUGCUGCAGGACAUGAGCUGGUUGAGAUUGAUCUCCACAAAGUUACCGAGCUGGCUGAUAUUGCUACUCGGUUCUUCAAGGCUGAUGGUGGUAUCUUCCUGCAGAAGGUUUGCGACGAGACUGGAGAGCCCUUGACCAACGCUGUGCUUAACGGCGGUCUCUACCCUUGCGAGCCGAUUGAUCUCAACCAGUUCUGGGCUUUGAGUCAUCAGCGUGCGGCGAGACAGCGAGAGUGGUUGAGGUACUGGCUUGACACUGCCUCCAAGACUAAGGACGGUGAGCCGGUGGACUUCAUUCUUCUUCCGGCCCAGCCUCAGCUCCCUCGUCCGAAGGAGCCUAUGGCCAGCGACACUGUCAUCCUCGCCUGGAAUACGCUAGACUACCCUGCUGCUAUCUUCAAUGCUGAGACGAUUGAUUUGAAGAAGAAGGAGUACAAGUUUGAGUUCCCGACACCGUCGCCGACGAAUGAGGUCGAGGUUGCUUAUGAUAAGCUGUUCCCCGAGGAUCGGUCCAAGGCUUACGAUGGCUUCCCGGUUGGUCUGCAGUUGGUUGGAAAGAAGCAGGAUGAGCCUAAGCUGUUACAGGCUGUCAAGCUGCUGUCAGAUUUGUAAAUGACGAGAGUAAAAUUUGAUAGAGAUGUUUAAUGAAACGAAUCGAUAUUACAGUA